AUGAAUAUUGUAGGUGGAGAUAAUGCUGAAACAUUUCGAAACAGGAAAGGUUAUUUUUCUAUUAAUACACAAUGUAUUUGUAAUCCGUGGCUUAAAAUUAUGGAUAUAGUGGCGCGAUGGCCAGGGUCUUGCCAUGAUCAGAUUAUUUUUGAUAACUCUUUAAUCAAAAGUAAAUUUGAAACUGGAAUUUUAAAAGGAUACCUGUUAGGAGAUGGUGGUUACGAAGUUAAGCCUUACCUAAUGACUCCUCUGCUGAACCCUACCACACGGAGCCAGCAGUUGUACAAUGAAAGCCAAAUCAGGACAAGGAAUGUUAUUGAAAGAUGUUUUGGUGUUCUUAAAAGAAGGUUUCCUGUGCUGAGCAAAGGAAUAACAACUAGUCUAAUUAAUACACAAGCAAUAAUUGUGUCAUGUGCUAUUAUCCAUAACAUUUGUAUUGACCUGCACGAUGAACUUCCAAAUGACAUCCUGCAAGAGGGCUACGAUAUUGAGAAUAUUGCAGAAGCUAACCUUCCAAAUUUAAUAGGGGUUACGAGAGGCAGACAAGAACGAGAUCGUCUGAUCAGGGAUCACUUUAGCAAUUUAGAGUGA